UACCGAGAACGAUGUACUGACGGGUCCAAUUAGGGUCGGAAAGGUGCUGCAGCAGGAGGCGGAAAGGCCUGGACCGCGGAAGAGGAAGUCUAUCUGCUUCAGAUGCGACUCGAGAGAGUGGCCUACAAGAAGAUUGCCAGCCAUCUGGACAAGACCGAGCUAGCCUGUCGGCUUCACUACCACCAGCUCUCACACGGCGGCAACCGGCGCAAGAGGAACAGCUCGGUCUCAUCGACCUCAUCAAACACACCUGCCGGCAGCCCGGCCACCAGCCCGUCAGCAGCAUCGCCUCUCUCCACAACAAAAAUAACCACAACAACAACAAAGCCUUUCAUCGCGUCAAGUUUCUCCCCCGUCAAUGCCGCAGGCGCCAUCCAAAAGUCGGGAACACCAUGCAAUCCGCUCUCCAAGAUCAAGGGCAAGCCUUUGCUUCCCAAGCCCGCGGAUGCGGCCACCUCCGGUGCUGGCGCCAUCUCGACACCGCGCCGACAGAACGCUAAGGGCGGAAAGCCGCUAAGGGUGCACUGCAACCCCGACAGCAUCGACAAGGAGAAACUCAAGAGGCUGGUGAAGCAGAACGAGCCCAAGUUUUGGGAGUUGAUCGCGGCACAGUACGGCGAGCCGAUCGACGGGGAAUACCUUCGCACCAUCUGGACCAAGGGUUUCGGAUCCGAGACGCCGCCGACCCCUGCCAUUUCUCCCGCUAGCCAGGCCACUUCCCCGGUAGUCGAGAUGAGCGGUAUGGACGACGGCAACAGCCACACCGUGGCAACCGUCAGCGAAGUUUCCACGCCUUCGUCGGCGUCUCUCAGCCCGACCAACGUAGCCUUCAGCGCUUCCGAGGUGGCUUCCAUACGGGAAGAGGAGACCAUGGGUGAUUUGAUGGAGGAGUGCCAGGUGCAGAAGCAGCCACCGGCAAUGGUGGGUAUUGCCACGGUUGAAACCGUCCAGAUGUCAUCAUGAAACGUGGACGAAACGGAAACCACGACAGGAUGAGACUAUACUCCCAACAACAACGCAACUACCACCACCUCACCGUACCUCGCCUCGCCCAUG